AAAUCAGGAUAUACUAAUCAUACUAGAAUGGAUCUUCUGUGGAUAAUUUUUAAUCAAAAUCCUCAGCUAGCAUACCAGUUGUUCAUUAUACCCUUGGCUUUUUUGUUUUACAGCUUGGCUACACAAGGAUAUCUCACUUUGUUUAACAGGCAUAUCUAUCUGGCUUUGGGAGGAUUCGUCCUUGCCAUUCUGACCAUGGGCCCAUACAGCAUGCUGCUGUUUAUCACCAACAUCAUAUUUGUGCUACUGGUGCGUUUCAUGGAACCAGUUCAUAUUCACUACUGGAUUUUUGGGCUGCAGAUGUGGUGGCAAACAUUGUGGCACUUCUAUAUGCAGUACCAGCAAUACUGGCUCCAAGAAUCACCAGAUUCCAGGCUUGUACUGGCCAUGUCUGCUUUAAUGCUUCUCAGUCAGAGAGUCACAUCAGUAUCAAUGGAUCUCCAGGAAGGAAAAGUCAUCAGGCAUUUCCAAAAAAGCUGCCAGAGCCAAGUUGUUUCCCUCAUUCCUUUCAUGAGCUACACUCUAUAUUUUCCUGCCCUCCUUGGAGGACCACUUUGUCCAUUCAACACUUAUGUGAACUUUGUGGAGCAGAUCAGUUUCACUCCACCACCUUCUCCUCUUACCAUUCUGCCUUGGAAGAUGUUGCAGGUUUUACUUCUGCUAAUUCUCAAAUUUCUUCUUACAAGCUUUCUACAAUCAAGCAUAUUCAGCCUCAGUAGCUCUCCGUGUAUAUUAUGGAUCUGGAUCUUCUCCCUGGUGCUCAGAUUGAAUUAUUAUGUUCACUGGAAAAUAAGUGAAUGUGUUAAUAGUGCAGCAGGAUUAGGUUUCAGUGGGUACAGUGCAACCGGAGGUGCAUUGUGGAAUGGACUUUCUGAUGGUGAUGCACUUGAGAUUGAAACCUCGAGUAAUAUUUCCACCUUUGCUCGCCUUUGGAACAGGACAACAGCUGCCUGGUUACGCAGAUUAGUGUUUCAGAGGUGCAGCAGGAUACCGGUGCUUAUGACGUUCAGCUUCUCGGCUUUGUGGCACGGCUUGUACCCAGGUCAAGUGGUAGGCUUCCUUGGAUGGGCCGUAGCUGUGUUAGGAGACAACAAGCUACACAAACACAUUUCUCCAAGUCUUAACACAGCUUGGAAGAAAGGCUUGUACACUUGUCUAAGCUGGCUCUAUACUCAGGUGGUCAUCGCUUUUGUUGUGAUCACGACUGAACUUCAGAGUUUGGAGGCAUUCAAGCUGUUUUGUACAACAUACAUUGCUCUAUUUCCACUUGCAAGCAUUUUAAUACUGUUAAUUUUAUAAGACUGCAGUAUACACUUACUGGCCACUUUAAUAGAAACACCUGUACACCUGCAAAUAUCCAAUGAGUCAAUCAUAUGGCAGCAGCACAAUGCAUAAGAUUAUGCAGAUACAGGUCAAGAGAUUCAGUUAAUGCUCAUUUCAAACAUCAGAAUGGGGGAAAAUGUGAUCUCAGUGACUUUGACUUGGAUGGGCUACAACAGCAGAAGACCACAAUGAAACUGUACAGAUGAAGAUUGGAAAAACAUUGCCUCUGAUCUUCACCUGUCCAGUAUCAGCGAGCCUGUGUUCACUCUACCCUCACGUCAGAACCUGAUGUGGUCUUCUGCUGUUGUAGCCCAUCCGCUUCAAGGUUCAACAUGUUGUGCAUUCUGAGAUGCUUUUCUGGUCACCAUGGUUGCAAAGAGUGCUUAUUUACUGUAUCCUCAUGAUAUUGCUAUUAAAGUGGCCAGAGAGUGUA